UUCUUUAUUUAAAUAGUCAGAACUACAAAUAUAAAUAUUAGAUAAUAGUAAACACCAAACAUUCAACGAUUUUAAGUUAGGAAAUUUACGUAUUUAUAGAGAAACAUAAUAGAAAUUUAAAUUUGACAUAAUGAAGAUUACUGUCACAACACACGACGACCAGUUGAUUGUACUUGACGUAAGUGAGGAUUUAGAACUAAUCAAUUUCAAGGCACUAUGUGAAGUAGAAACUGGAAUUCCAUCACAGGAGACUGGGCUAACACACAAUGGUCAGCUUUUGGUUGACGAUUUUAGUACAAUGAAAAACUUAGGUGUUCGCGAUGGAGAUGUUAUUAUAAUUCAAAGAGUUGCAAGUAGCGUUACUGCAAUGGAUCACUCAUUUAGUAGUCCAAGCAAUAAUAUGUUACCACAAUUUGACUUUAGCCGUAUUCAAGUGCCUGGUUCAUCUAAUAGCCACCCAAGCAGUAACAGACAACAUCAAAUGCAGGAUGCAGAAUAUGUUAGGAACUUAUUUCUCUCCAGUCCAGAACAAUUAGCUCUUCUUAAGCAAAAUAAUCCUAGACUUGCAGAUACCUUGUCUUCAAACAAAAUUGAAGAUUUUGCAAAUGUCAUGGCUGAGCAAAUGGAAGAAAGAAAAAAGCGUGAGGACCAAAGAAUCAGAAUGAUGAAAGCUCAUCCAUUUGACUCUGAAGCACAAAAAUUAAUAGCAGAAGAAAUACGUCAAAAAAACAUUGAAGCUAACAUGGAAGCCGCUAUGGAAUAUAAUCCAGAAAUGUUUGGAACAGUUGUCAUGCUUUAUAUCAAUUGUAAAGUAGAUGGAUAUCCUGUAAAAGCUUUUAUUGAUUCUGGAGCUCAAACUACAAUAAUGUCAUCUGCUUGUGCUGAACGAUGCAACAUCAUGCGCUUAGUUGAUAGCAGAUGGGCUGGGUUAGCUAAAGGUGUAGGUGUACAAAAAAUUAUUGGCAGGAUACACAUGGUUCAAGUUGCAAUUGAAAAUGAUUUUUUAACAACCAGUUUUUCUGUUCUUGAGGAUCAACCAAUGGAUAUGCUUCUUGGAUUAGACAUGUUAAAAAGACAUCAAGUAAUUAUUUUUUUAUUUAUUGAAAAUUUUCUCUUAUGG